AUUAGAAUACACAAUAUUCUAAUUUCCUGAGACAGUCCAGUAUAUGGCAGUACUUGAUCUAACGGAAAAAAUCCACAAUACAAUUGACAAAGGGGACUACUGAGUCGGCAUUUUUUUGGACCUAUCCAAAGCAUUUGACACCAUUAAGACCGAUAUACUAAUUAAAAAACUACAACAUUAUGGGAUUAGAGGCCUAGCGCUAGAAUGGUUCCAUAGCUAUCUAUCUGGAUGACAUCAGUAUGUCAACAUUAAUAAUUCAGAAUCAUCAUUCAAACUCAUCAAUCAUGGAGUCCCCCAGGGCUCCAUUUUAGGGCCGCUCCUUUUCAUCCUGUACAUUAAUGACUUUGUUAAUUCCUCAUCUGUUUUUCAUAAAGAACUAUUUGCUGAUGAUACAAAUUUAUUCUUUUCCCAUAAACAUCCCUCUACACUUGAGCAAAUCAUAAAUAGUGAACUAAAGAAAAUAGAAACAUGGUUCAAAUGUAAUAAGCUCUCUCUAAAUAUCAAUAAAACAAAUUACAUUGUGUUUCGCUCCUAUAAAAAACAGCCCAUCAAACAAAUUUGUUUAAACAUAAAUGGAGAAACCAUUGAAAGAGUGCUCUACAAAAUUCCUGGGGAUCCAUAUUGAUGAGUACCUUAAUUUUAAAAAACAUAUCGAUGAGCUCACAAAUAAACUGUCGAAAUAUGCCGCUCUGUUUUUUAAACUGCGACAUUAUAUCCCACUAUCUGCACUUCUCACCCUGUAUAAAUCUUUAUUUGAACCACAUCUACAAUAUUGUAAUAUCAUAUGGUGCAACACAUUUCCAACCUAUCUAAAAAAGCUUGAAACACUGCAGAAAAAAGUCAUACGUGCCAUAAUAUGGUCCGGGUUCAAUGCUCCAACUAAAUUAAUAUUUCACCAUCAUCACCUUCUGAAGCUGAAAGAACACAAUUACUUUCAAAAUGCUUACAUAAUGUAUGAGGUCAUCCAUAAACUAAACCAUAAAUUAAGUGAUCUCAUCCCAAUCUAUACUCCUCAGCACACAUAUACAACCAGAAGAAAAAAUCACAUCACAGGAAAAAACACAAGGCUAAAGUCUACAAGCUUUGGCAUUGUGUGCAGAGGACCACAGAUCUGGAAUGAACUGGACGAAACACUUAAAAUGUCACACUCCAUCUCUAUUUUUAAGAAAAAACUGAAAACUCAUCUCCUUGCCUUGUAUGCUUAAUAUGCUGUCUUUGAAUAACAUUCCUAAGGUAUCACAUGUCAAAUCCGAUGUAAUCAGAAUUUUGAAAUUUCUCAUAGUUAAUUGUAUGUAUGUGUAUGGAUGUGUGUAUGUGUGUGUUGUUUGACUGGGCCCCUACUAAAAGCUUUAAAUAGCUUAUUCGGAGUGUCCCUUUAAUGCAUCUUGUCAGAUGAACUGAUUGUAUAUAUGACCAUGUUCUUAUUACAACACAAAAGGCCGUCUGAAGUCUCUUCAGUAUACAGGUCAUUUAAUGAUGGAUCUUUACUAAGAGAGAACGCCUUUUUAUAUGAAGAUGAACUUAAACUCCCACUCAUCCUUUACAUAGAUGACUUUGAGGUGUGCAACCCUCUGGGAACAUCCCGAAAGAAACAAAGUCACAGCAGUGUACUGGGUGUUUAGAGACAUACCUGCCACAUUUAGAUCUACACUGACUUCCAUUUACUAACCAUUUUGUGCAAGGCAAAUGAUGUCAACCAGUAUGGCUACGCAAAGGUUUUGGACCCACUGCUCAAAGAUUUGAAGUCCUUUGAAGAUAAUGGUAUUUUUGUCCCAAGUCUGGGUAAAGUGGUCAAGGGCACUGUACUUGCCGUAGUCGCUGACAAUCUUGGUGCUAACUCAAUAGGUGGGUUUGUUGAAAGCUUUUCAGCUUCACAUUUCUGUCUCUUUUGCAUUGGAGAACGGUCACAGAUCCAGGAGCAUGAAGUAGGAGAAGGACUAUUUCCUCUACGGACUAAGUCCAACUAUGCCAUGCAUGUCAAAGCAGCACUGUCUGAUCUUGCAGAAGCUCAUCAAUGUGGAGUUAAAAGACAGUGUCCCAUCUCAGACAGAUUCAGUCACUUUCAUGCUACAUCAGGUUAUCCCCCAGAUGCUUUGCAUGAUUUGCUUGAAGGGAUCGUACCUGUGGAAAUAUCACUCUGUCUUGAUGUGUUAAUCAGGAAGAAAUACAUCUUUCUUGAGGAGCUCAACCAUUCCAUCCGUAGCUUUCCUUACAAAUGGAGUGACAAAACAAACUGUCCCCAACCCAUUGCCUCAAAUUUCACGUCACGAAAAACUGUAGGAGGUAACGCACAUGAAAACUGGUGCUUGUUGAGAAUCAUACCACUCAUGAUUGGUGACAAAGUCCCAGAAGAUGAGCCCGCGUGGGAGGUUUUGAUGACCCUGAGAGAUGUUGUUGAGCUUGUCAUGGCUCCUCUCCACACAGAUGAGACAAUAGGAUACAUGCAAAGUAAGAUCUCAGAACACCGUUACAGAUAUUUGAAAGUGUUCCCAGAGGAGAGAGUGAAACCAAAACAUCACUUUCUUGAACAUUAUCCUUUGCUCACAACUGUUUACGGACCACUUGUACUUUUCUGGACCAUGAGAUUUGAAGCCAAACAUUGAUUUUUUAAAAAGAAUUGUGAGACAGACUGGAUGUUUCAGAAACAUUCUCAUGACAAUGGCAAGAAACCACCAAUUGAUGAUUGCGUAUCAUACCAACAAUUGCAACAACCAAAGCCCAGUACUGUCAGUGUCCCAGAAGACUCAAGUGGCAGUCGAUGUUCUAAAAUACAGCAUUAAGAAGUCCUUUGGAAAGAAGUUCCCUGGGGAAGAGUUUGUGAACAUGCCAAAUGAAGCAACCAUUUUAGGCACAGAGGAAUGAUGUUGCCAUUUGGCUCAACAGGAGGCCAACUUUGGAGAAAUACAGCAAAUAAUCAUUGUGCGGGACACGCCUGUCUUUGUUCUGAAGUUGCUUAGUGGCUGGUACUGUGAACACCUGAGAAGCUUCAAAGUAGAGCCGACAGGAGAGACAGAAAUCGUUAAACAUUGCUCCCCUUGGCUGCGUACAAUGCAGCAGAUGGCCGUAUGGUGUGCCUUAAACACUUCAUUUGCUCAUCAGACAGCGAAAACAUCCCAAACAAAGAUGGCAGUCCAAUUAAGAGUCAUAAUGGAAGACGACAUUCGGAAGUUGACACUGCCAACAGGCAUUCCUAAUAGAGUGGAAGAUCUUAUUUCCAUAGUGAGGGAAACUUUCCAAUUGCCUGGGGAAUUUAGACUGCAUUACGAAGAUAAAGAGUUUAACAAUCAGUUUUUUAGUGUCACCUCAACUGCUGAUUUGUACGACAAGGCCACUGUUAAGGUGAUCCUAAAAGAGCCGAUCAUCACCCCUGACCUACAGCCAAUCGAAGUCAACACAUUAAAGAGGAAGCAUCCAGUUGACGCAGUCCCAUCAAAAAAUGUGAAAAAGCAGAAAAAAGCUGAGGUAAAUUCCCUCCCUCCUCACCCUAUUGGUGAAAGCCAAGACACACUCGAUAAAGAGCGGCUUGAAUUACUCAACGAAGUAAAAAAGAAAAACAAUGCAAAGAUAAUCACGUAUAAAAUGAGGAAAACCUUCUCGAGCCGAAGACUUGAAGUGGUGACCCUCCGCCCCUCUGUGAAUGUGAUUAAAGAAAGGUGGCCAGCAUUAUUCAGUGAGGCUCAGAUCAAGAAAGAGUUCAGACGUAUCACUACAGUCUCCUUGGAGGACAAGUUCAUGAAGAAUCUUGACCAGUACACACCAGGUCUUUUGAGGGUUAUGCGUGCUAAGGGAGGAGCUGCUGGUUCCAAAAUGCGCCCUCUGCUAGACACUGUAAAUGACACACAGAUCAUCGAGAAGAAACGGGAUGCAGUUGUCUGCUGCCUAAUUGAUUACUUCGGUGAAAAACGAGAGGAUCUUUUCUAUGACUGCAAGGAAUGUGAGGACUUCACAGAUAAAACCAUUCAGGUGAUCGUGAUGCACAGUAACAUGGCUGUGGAGGAUCCAUCAGAUGUGUCGAUUGUGAUUGAGGGGAACCAAGUGAUGGAAGGAUGUGGAAGCAGAACAAAGGCAUGUGUACUGCUGAUGGGGCUGAUAUAUGCCCUCAACCUGGAAUAUCCAAAAAGGCUGAAGAACACAUUUGAAACUUUUCAAAAGAUUUUUUUGGAACUAGAUAGAGAUAACCUACCUAAGAAGGUAGACAGUCUGAAAAAAAAGCUAAUGCAAUAGACCAGGGGUGCUCAAUGUUUUUUGCUCCAAGAUCUACUUUUAAAUGAGACAACCUCCCGCGAUCUACCUUAAGAGAGGAGGGUGAACUAAAAAAAAGAAAAAAAUUUAAAUGUACAGUUACAGUACUUAUGCUUUGUGAGCAACAUAUGAGGUUAUGUAAUUUUUUUUUUUUUAUGCUGCGAGCUACCUACACUAGCGUUGCGAUCGAGUGGUCGAUCGCGAUCGACGUAAUGCCCACCCGUGCAAUAGACAGACAUACAUUUCCAGUUCCAAGAGGAUGACCUUCUUCAAGUCCAAGGUCUAGUUCAAGUUUAUUGUCCCCUAAGGAGGGGAAA